GCGCUUGCCAACCUGUCGUUGCCGUCGCUCGCUGUACCUCUGCAGCGAGUGCGCGUGGCUGUGCUCUCGGCGCAGCUCAACUCGCCCAUCGACAAGGUGGUCGACGGCAAGACUGGGCUCAUUCGCGACUCUGAUCCCGGCAAGCUGCGCAACAAGGCAACUCUGGACUUGGCGCACAAGGCUGAGAAGAUGAUGGAGGACGCCCGAGACAUGUGCGUCGCGCAUGGCAUCAGCCUGAGGUCAAAGCUGCAACUCACCUGCGAGAACGACAUGCGCCUAGUCUUGCACCUCUUGCGGAAGGGCAAGAGCAGCCGCGAGGGCAAGGACUUUGCCACGUUGGAGGAGGCCGCCCAGGUAUUCAUCGACGCGCUCGCCGACAUCAAGGGGCAGCCGAUCGACAACCCGUGGAUCAACCGCUGUCGGGCGACCGUCAAGCAAGAGCCCAAGGCGAGCGUCGCCAUGCAGCAGAUGUCAGACGUGAAGUCUGCGGCCGACCAGAUUCAGCGGCUCGGGUACAAGGUCGGCUCGAUCAUCCAGCCACGGAAGGCCGACCAGAACAGCAGCGCCUGCGCGCUGUGGAUUAUCAAGGAGAUCGGCGAGGCCAUCGCCACGAUAGCACCGACAGGAGUCCACGCUGAUGGCGAACCUCUGGCGCUCGUGCUUGGUAACCUGAAGGACCUGUGGGUGCCCGCGACGGCCGAGCCUCAGGAGGUGCUGACGUUUAGCAACAUGCUGCCGUCGCUGAACACCAGCUGGCGCAUCGAGCACGUGGAGUCUCAGAUUUGUUUGUGCCUCACUGCAGCGAGCGGGGAGUCCGAGGCAAAGUUCGCGGGCCUCAAAAUCUACACGAAUCCGUUCGCCACGCAAGCGCUGCAGGACUUCGAUCCGAACGCUCUCGUGACGCCGCCUGUCACUCAGCUUGUGAAGCACAGGGGCCCGACCACUGCAGCCCCUGAUAAGUCUGCCGACCUAG